UACUCGGCAGAUAAAGUGAGCUUGGACAUGACUGAUUCUUCAGGCAACGGCUUGGAGCUAUAAAAAAUUUUGUCAACGAUCCGGUAGCUUCUUUAUCGGUAGGAGCCGUGAAACACGUUAUCUCGUAAACAUGCCGCGAUAAAAAAUCCGGGGUAGUGGGGGACUUCCCAGAAACAGCAAGGAAAAGUACGAGUACCCUGCAUACUUUGCAACUUUAGAAAUCACUCAGCUUACUGGAUUUGGCAAUGAGUUAGACGGCGGUGACCCAGUAAAAGUUAUUUCCGAUUACAUAGCGUGCAUACCAAGAAAUGAUAGUCAAUGACAGUGUGAUGAAACUAUCGAACUUCGAUUUGAAGCUUAAAUUUUGAUAUAGUAUUUCGUAUAUUUACCUGGCAAUGUACGACGAAGAUCUUCUCUUAGAAGAGUUAGAUUACGACGUUUUGUCGGAAUUGACAAAGGAAUUGAAUAAAAACUUUGCAUGGAAAACAGUAGCAAAUUACUUGGUAGAAGAAUCCUCAAUUAAAAAUCCAUCAUCUACAUUCAGCAAACGAUGGAUGUAUCGGCUAGAAACAAACAGCGAAGCAUCGCCAGCGCAAACUUUAUUGCUGGAGUUAAACAAUAGAUUAUAUCGGGUUGGAAAAUUAUGUCACAUUCUUGAAGAUUGCGAGCUUUAUGAUGCACUGUAUAUUCUUUUUGGGCCAGUCGAUCUGGAAAUCACUGAACAGCCAAAUGCCAAGCAACAAUCGUACAAACUUGCACUAAAUGACACAUUCAAAAUUGUCUGUAAAGCAAGAGGCAUACCAGUCCCAAAGUUACAGUGGCGUCAUGGAAACAUUGACUUGGAGAAUGAAACAUCGAGCACCCUUAGCAUACUUAUAACUAAUCCUGAUCAAGAAGGCGAGUAUCGGUGCAGAGUUGAACAACGCACAAGCGACGGCAUUUGUCUCAGAGAAAAAUAUUCAGAAUAUGUCUCUCUUUCAAUAAAAGCCAUGCCUCCAGAAAUAACAGAACAUCCGUUACCUGCCGAAGUGAAGAUAGGUGAAGACCAUACCUUGAGCUGUCAGGUAAAACCGGACCCAAGUCUAAAGUAUCAGUGGUAUAAAGAUAACAAGUUACUGAAGGGAAAAACACAGAAUACUUUACGGUUGCUUAAUUUUCAAUUCGAAGAUACAGGACGAUAUCGUUGUGAGGUAUCAAAUGGGUAUGGUUUGGCAUCUUUGACAGCAUGCAGUAAAUUAACGGUAGAGCACCCACCUGAGAAAGCUUUAUAUAAAGUUGCAUUGCUUAUCGGUAACCGUCGGUAUAAAAGUUAUAAAAAAUUGUAUAAGCCGGUGGCUGAUGUUGAAGAGAUAAAGAAAAAACUGGAAACAAUUGGCUUCUACGUUACCUGCCUACGUAAUGCAAGUCUCGCUGAGAUGACAGAGGAAAUCCAAAAAUUCUCUAAAUCAUUGAAAGAGGGUGUAUAUGGAUUUUUCAUGUUUGCUGGUCAUGGGUUCGAGUUGCAUGAACCCUUCUUGAUGCCUACUGAUAUCCCUGAACAGUACCUCAGACGGCACGCUAUUUCGAGAAAUCAAAUUUUACAGUGGACACUUCCCCGCAAUCCUGCGCUCCUAGUUGUUGUACUUGAUAUGUGUCUGACAACACCAAACAAAGACUCAAACAAAGCCAUUUAUGAUGAAAUACCUGAAGUAUUUGAAUACAAAUGCAAUGAUAAUCUGAUAGAAGCAUAUUCUACGUGUACUUAUCGUGAAUGUUUUGAAUCAAAAAAAGCGCCCUUCGGAAAUUAUGUGACAGAGUUAACCAAACACAUUACUGAGAAGAUACCAGUUAAAGAAUUGUUCGAUCGAGUUCAAUCAUCUGUUCGUCAGUUUAACUCUGGACUGACCAGCGACCAAAUGCCAAUGGUGAAAAACGUCUUGUCAAAACAGUAUUGUUUAACAGAUCAAACGAUAAGGCGGUAUAGGUAAACGUUAGCAGCAAAACGUUCCCAACGUGUGUUCAACUUCACAUCAGUAAUCCCACUGAUCAUUUCAAUACGACUUCAUUGAACGCAACAUUUGCUUCAGGAUGGUCCGAAAUCGAUGAUCGUAAAUUUCUAUCUUUGCAAAUAACUCAAAAAUACCUCUGCCGAUUUUGUUCAAAAUGUAGUCAGUUUCAAACGAAAUGAAGCCAAACUGACGAUUCAAAUUUUAUUAUAAUCGCUUCCGCGUUUGCGUACGUACAACCGUUACUCUUUGUAUGAACUCAAUUCUGAUACUUGUAACUUUGGAAUGAGAAUAAAUUGUGAUUUAAUAGGGAAAAAAAAAAAAAUAAACAAACAAACAAUCAUUCUGCUCAAAAAUUCGGAGCCAUCAAAC